CGGUAAAGUUGUGGAGAGUCAACAGCACAUAUUGAAUCCAUUCUUGACAUGCGGGAAUCGGCGCCUACCGCCGCGGCCGCUUCAGGAUGGACCUCCUAUGAAGACGUCCAGCAAGGCCAGAUGACGACCGACGUCGAAGACGACCAGACCGGGCUGCAAGCGGCUCGCCAACUGUUCAAAGGUGAGGUCGUUGAACCGCAGACCACCCACCAUGUGAGUGCGAAUCCGAUCAUCUCGACGUUCCAGACCAACAACAUGGUGCAACGUAUUGUGUCGGGGCUGGUCCUCGGUGCCGCCGUCACCGUGUACUUGGCGCUUGGGCCCGCAGCCGCGCCGAUCUAUCUCUGUUCGUUUGUCGUGUCUGUGUGCAACUAUGAGUAUGCGUGGCUCUCGCAUCGCAUCGCCUACCGAUUCACCGUAACGUAUGCCCACCAGUCCCAAGACGACGACGCCGCCAUGGAGAUUGUGCCGCUCGAUGUGACGUCCGUUGCGGUGUCCAGCCUUCCGUUUGGGUCCCGUCACCCCAAGCUCGUCGCGGGCGCCGUCGCGGUCAUCGCGACUGGCAUCGUGACAAUCGGGUUCGUCUUGCUCCAGAUCCAUCUCUUCCACUACGAGACCGUCGCCUACGCGAGCAUUUACCAGACACCCCUCGUGUACACGUGGAUGGAUUUCAUCCUGCUGGUUGCGAUUUCGACGUGGGUCACCAUCUACUGCGCGAUGCUGACGCCGACGCUGUCGUCGGCCCUCAACUCGGUCCUGCAGCAAUUCGUUUACUCGCUGCAGCUCAUUACGUUCUUCACGUGCUAUCGGUACGACACCAAGUGUUACUCGGUCGGGUUCACUGGUGUGGCUCGCAUGAACGUUGUCGUGCUCGUCCUCAUCAACCGUGUGCCGUGGUGGCGCCGCUUGUCCAAGACCCAAACCAUCACAGCAGUACUGCAUGUGAUUCUGGACGUUGUUGGCUUUGCGUACAUUGCGAUGCUCAUGAAUCCGGUGUCGUCGAUCAUUAUGCAAAUCGACGAAGGCGCGCGCAUUGCGCUAGGGUUCCUCGCCGUCGUCUGGGGCGUCGACACUGGCGCGUACUUUUGCGGCCACUUGCUCAGCUACGUCGGAUACAAGCGCUCGCACUACCUCGCACCACACAUCAGUCCGAACAAGGACAUCGAAGGAAGUAUCGGCGGCAUCCUUGUCGGAAUCGCCGCAACGCUUCUCGUGGACGGGUGCUGGAGCGACAUGACUGGCGUUGCUGUGGACGAUGAACUACUUGCCCUUCAACGUCGUGCACGGGUGUGGCGUAUUGUGUUUGCAGUCGUCGGUGGCGCGAUUUCUCGGUAUGGCGACUUGUUUGCGAGUCUGUUGAAGCGCCUCGCUGGAGUCAAGGACACGGGUACCCUCAUUCCUGGACACGGUGGACUACUCGACCGAGUCGACGCAAUGCUCUUCUUGGGCGCCGUGUUCGUCCUUUACCAUCGCACUGGGUUUCCCGUUGGUUACGACCAAAUCAUCUCGCAAACAUACCAAUAUCUGCUCAACCAGCGCUUCAACAUCGUGUCAGCGCAAGAACGGCCAUAAGCAAGAGCAUCCUAAUCCUAUAUAUGUAUCUUACCACAUCGUAUCAUCUCUUGGGUUCAUCGUGCCGCUGCCCUCUUAGAGGCGCCGCCGCGUUCCUGUCGCAGAAAC